CGUCCGCCUCGGCCUUGGCUUGCCCUGGCCUGUCCGUUUUCCCUGGUCUCCGGUCCUGCAGCGGAAGUCGAUGGGCAGGAUUAUGGCUGUUCGCUGCCGCCCCAUCUGUCUCUAGUCUCUCCCACCCGCACCAUCGCCGUAUGAAUCGCAGCUGCAUGGUCCAAAACACACCCACAAAGCCUAAGCCGCAGCGGUAUUCGUCCUCGCCCGUGGUUGACGGCCAAAUCGACAAGCUCCUUCACCUCAUCCUGCGCGAUUUUGUGCAGUCCUGGUACUCGUCCAUCUCGAAGGACCAGGAGUUUCUUCAGCAGCUCCUCGACUCCAUCGCCUUUGCUGUCAAACAGGCCGAGACGCGGCUGGCUUCCGUCGACUUUGUGCUGCUCGUCUGUCGGGACCUGCCCGAGGUCAUUCGUCGCCAUGUCCACGAUUACCGCCAGUGUAAGGAGAAGCUGGGCACCGCCUACGGCGGCGGUAAGUCGAUGGAGGAGCUCUUUUUCGGGAGCCAGCCCCACUUUGCGUUUACGUCUCCGUCAGCCGAGGCCGAAUACCUCCGCAAGGUGGUCGAGACGCUGCUGGAGCUGCUCCUGCCCAAGGACGAGUUCAAGAGCGACUGUCUCCGCAUUCUCGUGCGCGAGAUUCUCUCGGUCACGGUCAUCGGCACGGCAAUCGACACCAUUGCCGAGCCGGACUAUCUCAACCAGCUGAUUCUGAUGGGCCUGCAGCAUCUGGAGCGCCAAGAUGCCAACGAACCCGACCUCGUGGCGCCGCCAAUUCUCAUAUCCUCACACGACCUAUCAAACGACCAGGCUUCGUUUUACAGCAGCAACACCCCGUAUUUUACCGCCGGGGAGAGCUCGCACGGUGAGAGCGGGCCUGACUCCGAGUCCGGGUCGGAGUCGGAUGCCGUAGUGCCGAGCAUGACUAUGCUCGGGACAAGAAGACAGUCCGAGAGCCGAAAGAAGCCCGAUCGCACACCCUUCAUCCGCCGCAACCGGCGCUUCGACGGACGCCAGAUCUUUCCGCGUAAAGGCCCGGUGUCGUCCAAAGCUCGAGCGAUGCAAGAGGAGCGCGACCACAUAAACAUGGAGCGGACUUUUACCCACACCAUCGUCUCGGGCCUGCAAAAGAUGACGGCCUCGGGUCUCCAGAAGAUGACCGUGGGCGGACUCGAGCGGAUGAGCAUGGGCUUCGACAAAAUCAAAAACAUUGUCGAUGGAGGAGGCAAAACCGGCUCCAAGCGAGACAAGAAGGCUGCCGCCGCAGAGUACAACCGGUUUGGGAGUCUGCUCGACGACGUGGGCACCAAGAAACCCAAGCGCCGUGCCCCUCGCGGCCUGGGUCGUCGGCGUGUGUCCACGGGCUCCAUGAAGCGAUCGGCCAGCAGGAUCGACGAGCGCGGCAGCAACACGGGAUCGACUCCACCGGUCCUCAGCGUAAUGCCUCUCCCGAAUGAAAGCUUCCUGAUGGCCCCCUCCUUUGGCAGGCGGUUUUCUGGAUACCCCCACACGAACGGAUCGCACUCUGACACCCAGGCGACCUACCACCCCACCACCACCGAAGAGGACAACUCCGAAGUCGAGAGUUAUUUGGGCUCGGCAUCCGACCACGAGCCCCUUCCCUACCUGAUUCCAUCGGUGGAUCCGCUCAUGGGCAUCCUGCCGGAAUCCGAGGACGCAGCCGAUUUAGAUUCCGACGAUGAAGGCAACGAGGUCGAGCAGCAAGGCGGCCCGCCGCUCAUACUAGAUCCGACGCCGGAGCCUCCACACAACGACACCGUCGAAUCGAACAAAAGCACCCUCAUGGCGGUCCUGAACGCCGCCAAAGCCGUUUGGAACCUUUACAACAACGCCUCUUUCGGCCCAUGCCAGCUGGGUCCAAUCAACGUCACUCGCUACACCGGCGAGCAGCUCGAGAAGCCGACACUCAACAUGCUGCGAGAGGUGAUCUUGGGCGGAGACGAGAGCACGCUGCUCAGGCUCAUGGGAUACCUUGAUCCUGUUGUCAACGUGCUGCUGAGACCGGCCAUGAAUCGGGCAAUCAUCGAAGGCAUAUAUUUCCUGGUCUCCGAAAACACGAUCGCAGAGUACUUCCGACUUACGCGCGAGUGCUUGUGGCCGAAUGGGAUCUGGGCCAACUCGCUACCGCCUCGAAGUGCAGCUGAGAAGCUCCAAACCAAACGGCAGCUGACCGAGUUUGCAUUUGAUCGAUUGUUUCCGCCGCUGAUUGUCCGCGUCCUGGGCCCUGCGCUCAUUAACGAGCGCCUGCGUGAGCUGAUCGAGAUGCUGCAGUACAAGCAAAUCAACAAGCAGCUCAUCUUCAUCCUGAUUGAUCUUAUCCUUACCCAUGUCGCUACCGAGGUUGUUGACUACACCAACUGCGUCAACACCGAGCCCCAGAGCGCCCCCAGCCAGGGCAGCCAUCCCGACCCGGUACCUACCGCGCCGCUCGAAGUGCCUCUGUCGUCCGGCUUGUCUCCAACUCUGCUGCACAAUCCCUUACAAGAGCUAGAGUUCGAUGGCCAGCUCCCGCAGCUCGAUGCCACGACCCCGCAAUUGAUUAUCCCGAUCGUGUCCGAGCCCAUCGCUACCAGUGGCGAGUUCUCGGAGCACCAGAACGAGCAGCCAUGGAUGCAGGACUACCGUCAAGGAAGCUCAUCGUCACUGAUCCCCUCCGACACCGAGCCCGGACCCUCCGAUACCAAUGUGCCUGACCAGAACUGUCAGUCCGAUGCUGAUGGCAAAUUCUUCGACUUGGCUUCCGUUGGGCUUGGCGAAAGCAGUCUCGCCCUGCAGCGAAGCACAAGUCUCAACGGCGUGAAUAGCCCUCCUCCCGUGAAGCAGAAGCGCAACAGCUGGGACGUCAGUCUCAGCAGCACAUGAGCCCGUGCAGGCAGGUCGUCGAGUGGCAAUACCGGCUCCGAUGCAUAGCACGCCGCACAUCAAGCUCGCUGCCGCUCUGUGCUUGCUCGAUGUUUGAUAUAGCCAAUCGCUCAUGAAGGACCUCAGUCUUCGAUCGUCCCCAUUAGCCGACUGUGGCGAGCUGUCGUCGUCAGUAGUCGCUGCCACAGCAUCUCUUGCGGCUCCCUGAGCCACCACGAGCCAUGGUUGAUUGCAAGUUGCCUCACUUCCCUCCAACUCCAAUCGUUGUACAUAUGUAAACUAGAACCGUUUCGUUGGUCUUGCUCCUUUUGUUUCCUCUGUCCAGCUUCCUUUCCUUUGCCGCUAAAUACAUCUGAUAGUAGACGUC